CAAAGUAAAUGGCUUUCGUGCAGUGAAACGAUGAAUGAAAUCAUUCAGGCCACCAGCAACCACCUUUCAGAAUUCAAGACUCUCCACGACCCCUUUUAUCAGGGCAUUAUGGAGAAGAUUCAUGGUCACUUGGUGAGAGAAUACAUUGUGAGGCUAAUUAAGAAGGAAGUCAGUUUGAAAACCCCAGAACUACAGCAAAGCUUGUCAAAUCUCAUUUCAGCUCACGCCUCCCACUUGCAAAGCUUCUGCAAAGAGAAGGGGUCCAAGACCACGUGGUUGGAUUCUGCACUCCCAAAACUGGCUGAAAUAAUCAGACUUCAGGAUUCAGAUGGCAUUAAAAUAGAAGUUGCUACGCUUGCUAAUACAUACCCAGAUAUCAGCAAAAAGCACGUUGCUGCUACAACGAACUUUGCCGUUUGGGGUACCAGAGUCCCCAACACUGCCAUCUUGUACAUCAAGGGAAACUUGCUGAACAGUGAAGUAAGAAGCAUCCUGAGCAUCCUGGAUGUCAGCACAAAGUCCACCACUUCCUGUGAAUCUCUGUUCUCAGCUAUAAAGGUUUCCUAG